GCGAGUAUUGGUCUCCAUCUCGAGUGUCGAGACAGCAAAAAGCCACAGAGCAGAGGGCAAAUAAUCCAAUAAUGGCCGCCCUCUCCGCCGCCCCCACCGCCCCCUCCCCCUUCGCCUCCCUCCUCCGCCGCUCCCGCUUCACCUCCCACGACCCCCUAAUCUCCCAAAUCUACACCACCCACGGCGGCCACGCCUCCCGCGGCGACUGGGGUCUCAAACGACCCCUCGCGCUCCGCAAAGACGGGAAAUACAUAACGCUGCAAUCGACGGACUCGAGACAUCAGGUCACGGAAUGGCAGGGUGCGAGACAGCCUUGGCAUUGGAUUAGGAGGUGGGAGGAGCUCGGGGCGGAGGCGGAGGUUAGUUCGAAGUGGGGGGAGGGCGGACAAGGUGGGGGAGGAGGGGAUAAGGCUGAGCAGUUGGAUUCGGAGUUUGGGAGGGGGGUGGAGGAGGGGGAAAGGGAGAGGGGGAAGAGGUGGUGGGAGAUGGGAGAUUUUGAGGAGGCGAUGAGGGAGGUGUUGAAGGAUGCGACGACGGAGGAGAUUGAGAUGUUUGGGUUGGGGAGGGAGGAGCUGGUGUCGCGGGAGGAGAAGAAGGAGGCUCAGGCUUUGGGUGAAGUCGACGAUAUUCCGCUGGAAGAUGAUGUGGAGGAAGAUAUAGACGCGGACGACGUCGACCCCGAUUCGGGCGUACCCUACGCUCUCGAGGUGCAAUCCCUCCGAGGCUACGUCUCCGUCCCGAACGUCAUGUCCAUGAACCCCAAAGCCUUCGACCGCUACAUCUCCCGCCUCCGCACGCACCGCCCCGAAUUCAAAUCCUUCCUCGCCGCCGAAGCCGCUCUCACCGAACAGAAGCGCGCCGCACUCAAAGCUCAAGCCCCCUCCUCUUCCUCCUCUUCCAACAAAUACAAUUACAGCAUCAACAACAACCAAACCACCGUCGCCCGCGUCUCCCCCAACAUAUUCGAACAAUCCACCAUGUCCUCCGCCGACAUGACACGCAAACGGUUCCUCAUGCGUCUCGCCCAGACCGAAUACCACUCCCCCUCUUCCCGGCAGAUAGAACAGAAGAAACAUCAUAACGGCGGCCUGACGUACACGAAACUAGGCCCGCUCACGCAUUUCUUCCUUAACAAGCCGCAGCCGGGACGAAAGAUCAGUAUCGCCGGCACGGGGACGCAGGACCAGAACGGGAUGAACGCGGUCGCGUUCGCGGGGAUGUAUUCGCAUACGACGAAUACGAGCUGGACGGAUCAUUCGCAGGCAAGUAAUAAUAAUAAUAAUGCGAUCCCGAUGCGCGUGACGAGCGCGACGUUGAUCGACGCGCCGAGGGCGGUGAAGAGCGGGCCACCUAGGGGAUUGCAGGAGGUGAAUGUGGAGACGAAGUUGGUGGAUGUAUCGGAGCUUUUUAGGGAGAGGAUCGUGGAUUAUAGGCCCGGGACGAGGGCGUAUCUUGUGCAGCAGGCGAUUCGGGCGGAGACGAGUACGGGGGGUGGGGCGGGGAAGAGGGGGGUUAGUGGGAGUGGGGCGGGAAGGACGUCGAUGUUGACGGCGACGAUGACGAGGGGGGCGGGGCACUCGUUGCCUGGGUUUAAAAGGGAGUCGAGCGAUGGGGAUAGGGUGAGGAAGACGUUGUUGCAUUCGUUGGAGAAUAUAUUGGAUAAGCGGUCGGUGCAGAGGGAGGUGUUGAGUGAGAUUGAGGAGGAGGAGAAAAUGGGGGGUGGUUCCGAGGCGUAG